AUCGUUCUAUUAUCAUAAGGUUUCCAUUUUGGCUGUCGCUCAGCGCUUUAGGUUUCAUCGCCUCCUUCCUUCUCCUACAGUCUUGGACUUGGUGCAAUGGCAGAAACAGAAGACCUACCGGAAGAGAUUAUAGUGAAUAUCUUUACUUGGUUACCCCUCAAGUCCUUGAUCCGAUUCACCUCCGUUUCGAAACGUCUGCGUUCCGUUAUAUUGUCCGAUCCCAAAUUCGCCCAAUCCCAACUUAAAGCAGCUCGUCAGCAGAAAACCCUCAGCCGCAGACUCCUCGUCUCCACCAGCGCCCCUCGACUCGAGCUCGACUCCCUAGACUUGGAUACGCCGUCGUUUGGAGAGCCUUCCUCCGUUAGAAAGCUCAGCUUCCCUUUCCCGCCACGACCGGGCGGUUAUGUCACGCUACUGGGCUCCUGCAAUGGUCUGGUAUUUGUAGCUGUUGAUGAUAAAUUGUUUUAUAUCUGGAACCCGUUCAUUGGAUUCUUGAAGCAAUUACCCGAUCCAGGUUUUCCCUUAGAUGAACAUUGGCUAGCCUAUUAUGGCGUUGGCUAUUUAUCUGCCACCGAUGACUACAAAGUUUUGGUAGCCUCCUAUCGCAUUCGUGAUUGGGAGAUAGAGGUCGAGAUGUUCUCAUCGAGAACUCACAUAUGGCAGAGGAUUGAAUCCCCUCGCUUGCGCAUCACUCCUGAACUCGAUCUACUGGGUACUCCUUCGAAUGAUGCACUUCAUUGGCUAAAAUACGAGGACGACGAAAUAGUUUCUUUUGACUUGCAAGAGGAGGUGUUCAGGAGAAUGCCACUGCCUAAUUUCGAGCAUGAUGGUAAGACCUUCGGCAAGCUUGGGGUUUGUGGAGGGUGCCUAUGUGUAUCGCGUUAUCCGGAUGGUGCUUUUGACUCUAUUGAUUUCUGGGUCAUGAGAGAAUAUGCCGUCAGUGGCUCAUGGAUUAUGCUCUUUACCUUAAAGCCGCCUGAGUUGCCCUUGUAUUCCAGAGAAUUCUUGGUUGUGGAAAGUUGUACGGUUGCCGCGGAUUGGACUGGCGAGGGGUUCAAGUUGAUGAGGAUUGAUCAUAAAGAAGACAAGAAGCUUGGGCGGUAUGUGGUUAAGGGGCUUCGCAUUUGUAUGGUUGAAUACGAAGAUAGUCUACUUUGGAUUAGUGGUUGUCAUUCAGGAAUAAGAGAUAGAGCAGGUCAAGAUACUCGAAAUCCAUCAGAAGGCCUCAGGAAGCUGAAAUGGAAGUAAUGUUUGCUCUUUGUAUUCAAAUGAUGGAUGGGGUUUUUAGAUGCAAGAUUGCAAGAGCAAGCUUCAUGUGUCCUCGGUGAUGAUGAAGAUUCUCAUAAUUUCACAUCUUCAAGCUACCUAUAUGUAUUUAUGUUCUGUAAUUAUUAGUAUGCAAGGAGAUCUAAAAAUCGAACUGUAAAUGCAAUCUAUUUGGAAUAGUCUGAGACUGUAGUGACACUGUGAACUUGCCUGAGCUUAACUUCUUGAGUACUUAUCGAUAUGGCUCAUCCAUGUUUCAAGAUUGGAGCCUCAAUCUUGCGCUAUAAUGUAUGCUUUGACUUUACAAUCAAUUUCUCAUUUUGUGAAGAAACA